AUGCGCCCACUGUUCGGCUUCCACCAUUCGGAGGUGCAACCGGUGAACUGGGAAACUAAUGCAGCACAUUUGGAUGCUUGCAAGCGAUCCUUGAAAUUGGACGGAGUAAAGUCGGAGCCCCUCGUGGGCCCUCCGGUAGCCCCGCGUACACCACCCGCGUCCCGAGUUCGCGCCAAAACACAGCCGGCAACACUCGAGACUUGGGAAAGAUCUCCUCGAAUUUGCUCUUCCUAUCGGCCCAAGAAGCUGGACGAUUUGGACUAUCAUCAAGGAUUGACUGACCGAAUUCGCGCGUUGGCCCAGACUGCCGACUUCCCCCACUGUCUGUUUUACGGCCCGAGUGGUGCUGGAAAAAAGACACGGAUUGCAGCCACAUUAACAGAACUUUUUGGUCCUGGGGCACAGAAGUUAAGAAUCGAUCAAAAAGUGUUUGUAACACCAUCACGGCGUCGAUUGGAUGUCCAAGUGGUACAGUCCAACUACCAUCUCGAACUGACACCAUCAGAUGUCGGACAAUGGGACCGGAGCGUAGUUCAGGAUGUUCUGAAAGAAGUUGGACAGAGCGCCCAACUGGAUAGUGGCGCGACUCAGCGAUUCAAGGUGGUGGUCAUCCAUGGAGCUGACGAGCUCACCAACGAUGCACAGGCUGCUCUUCGGCGCACCAUGGAACGUCACACCUCCACCAUGCGCUUAAUCCUCUGUGCAAAUUCCACAGCCAAGAUUAUCGGUCCUAUCCGAAGUCGUUGUUUAUUACUUCGAGUGGGUGCGCCCAAUCCAGAACAGAUUGCUCAGGUUCUAAAUAAUGUGUCCAAUAAAGCCUCAUUUUCCACAAGUCUACCGGACGAGACUGCAAUGGCCAUCGCCUUGGCUUCAAAUGGUAACCUCAGGAGAGCCCUCCUAACACUGGACGCUGUUCGAGCACAGGACGCAACAUUCUCCAAGGUACCCCUCACAAACCUACUGAUGGCGAUAGGUGAUGAUACAUUUCAGAGCCGCGCAUCUCCCGAUAGUAUCCCACGUCCCGAUUGGGAAGUGUACAUCGAUAAAUUAGCUGGCGUGAUCGCGAAGGAACAAUCUCCGGAUAAAUUGUUAGAGGCCCGAGCGAUGCUCUACGAGCUCCUCGUGCAUCUCAUUCCGCCUUCAGUCGUGAUCGUUCAACUCACGAAAGGUUUACUUACGCGGGUAGAUGAUGCGUUAAGGUCUGAUAUCAUCCAUUGGGCUGCUUGGUACGAACAUCGCCUCAGGUUGGGAAAUAAGCCCAUCUUCCAUCUAGAAGGUUCGUCUCCUACUCAUCCUUUCUACCGUGAUGUUUUGGACUUGGGUGUUCUGAUAUCUUUCAUUGUUUGUCUUACCUGUUCUGGAUUGGGCGCACCCACUCGA